AUGGCGGCAAGGAAUGAAGGCGAAGGGAUAGUGGCUAACGCCAACGGGAAAUUGAUCAACUGGUUGAUCAACACAGGCGAUAAAAUUGGAAAAGGAGACAUUCUUGGUUAUUAUGAAAUAAAAUUAAAUGAUAUUGCGCAAAUGAAACAGAUUGUAUGCGAUAAAGAAGAGGAUUCUAUUAUUAAGAAGAUUAUGGUUGGCCAAGAAGAAGAUUUUAAUGUUGGUCAGAUGUUACUUGAAAUUCAUCAACUUGAACGAUUGAUCAUUUCAUCAAAAGUAACGGGUAAACUGACUAAUUUAUAUGUUAAAGAAGGCGAAGUGGUCAGUAGUGGUCAACUAUUAGCCUUGAUACAGCCUAGUGAUAAAUCCAUUAGUGCCAAAUAUAAGCGUAUGCGAUCACCAUCUUGUUGUCGAAUUGAGAAAAUCCUACGUCAUCUCGGUGAAGAAUUGCCUGCCAAAACGCCUGUUAUUCAACUAGUAGUCGAAGAAUGUAAACAUUCUACAAUCAUUCGAGAUAUGUGUGCUACUUGCGGUAAAGAUUUAUCCAAGUCAAAAAAAGACGUUGAAAUACAAAAAUCGAUGGUAACCAUGGUCCCAAAUGUUCCCGAUCUGGUCGUCAGUCAGGAUCUGGCUAGUGAAUUAGCCAAAAAUGAUAUGAAUCGAUUGUUGUCGAGUAAAAAACUGGUAUUGAUUGUCGACUUGGAUCUUACCCUAAUACAUACUCGAAUGGCAUCACCCGAUAUUAAAUUAUCCAAUUUAACUGAAGAAAAACAAAUUUAUUAUACUUGCCACAUGUUUCCUGGAUAUAAUGUUUACCAUCAGUACUUAACUAAAUUACGGCCACAUGUAGAAGAAUUUCUAAAGGUAGCAUCGACACUAUUCGAAUUACAUGUUGUCACUAUGGGAUCACGAAGCUACGCUCAAGAUAUUGUCGGAAUUUUAGAUCCUACAGGUAGCUUGUUCUACAACAGAAUAUUGUCAAGGGAUGAAUUAAAAUCACAAUUAUUAAAAUCUACAAAUUUAAAUCAGCUUUUCCCACUUGGUGAUAAUUUGGUCUGUAUUAUCGACGACCGACCCGAAAUGUGGGCAUUCCAUCCAAGUUGUAUACCAGUACCACCUUAUUCUUAUUUUGCAAAUGUUGGCGACAUAAACGAUCCUAAGAAAUUAAAUAGCAAAGGUCUUAAGACUAGAGAUUCUCCCGAUGUAAAAGAGAACAAACCAGUCGAUAACAACUGCAAUACAGAUGUCAAUCAAUUAGAAGAAAGUAGUCCAAUGAAUCAAAUUAACGCUGAUAGUAAUGAAUUAAAUGGACAAAAUACCACAGAAUGUAUUGAAAAACCAAAAAUUACUGAUGAGAAACAUGCUACAUCGACUAAUGAUUCCAGUGGUGAUAGUCGUAUUGAUACCAAUAACAACAAUGAUGAUGAAGAGAUUGCCACACGUCAAAGACCAUCAUUAUGGAAAACUGCAGUUGAUUCAGACACCAAUAUUGCCUACUAUGAUAUCAAAGACAAUUACUUGCUUAACUUACUGCCACUAUUACGACGUAUCCAUAAUAGGUUUUAUCAGCAGUACGAUCAAUUAAAGGAACAACUUGAUCAAUUACCAGAUCUAAAGUCUAUUAUUCCAGAAAUACGACGUAAUGUAUUAAAAGAUGUUAAAAUUGUUUUCAGUGCUAUAAUUCCUAGUGGGCAUCCUUCUCCAGAAAAGACUUACGAAUGGAUUUUGGCCGAAUCUCUUGGCGCAAAAGUAACGCAUAAAUUUCACACUUCGCCGAGUAGAAAAACUACUCAUGUCGUGACAAAGCGUGUAGCAUUCCAGAGCGGAUAUACCCAAAAGGUUCAUUUAGCGAUGAAAACUGCCGGUGUCUUUGUUGUUGAUAUCGACUGGUUAUAUAAAUGUAAUGAAUUUUGGAAAAAAAUUGAAGAGGAGCCGUAUUUAUUAGCUCCAGUAUGUAUGUGUUCGUCUACGAGGAUGCAAUUGAUGCCGAAAGAGAAGCGUCGAAAAAGUUUAGAAUUGCAGACAGAACGGUUUAGCAAGCGAAAGCGAACUUCAUUAGACGAACGAAAUGAGACGUCAGUCGGACUAAUGAUGGCACCCGACUUUGGCUUAGCAAAAGAAUUAACACGGAGAAGCAGUAGUCGUGAAAGUUCGUUGGAUAGUUUUUCAAUUUCUAGCAGUUCAAGUUCCUGUUCCUUGUCGAGUAAGAGUACUGAUUCGUCGGCUACUGAGUCUUCAAUCGAUUCGGAAUGUGAAGCGAUAGGAGCAAUAUUGGAAGCGCAAUUAGCUGAUGUAAAUUAA